AUGAAGGCCAACCUCAGCACAGAAGAACGCUUCUUCCUCCUGGGUUUCUCCGACUGGCCGUCCCUGCAGCCUGUCCUCUUCGCCCUCGUCCUCCUCUGCUACCUCCUGACCCUGGCGGGCAACUUGGCGCUGAUGCUGGUGGCGAUGCGCGACCCGCGCCUGCACACGCCCAUGUACUACUUUCUCUGUCACAUGGCCCUGGUGGACGCGGGCUUCACCACGAGCGUGGUACCGCCACUGCUGGCCAACCUGCGCGGCCGGGCGCGCUGCCUGCCCCGCGGCAGCUGCCUGGCCCAGCUGUGCGCGUCGCUGGCGCUGGGCUCGGCCGAGUGCGUUCUGCUGGCAGUGAUGGCGCUAGAUCGCGCGGCAGCAGUGUGCCAUCUGCUGCACUACGCCGGGCUCGUCUCGCAGCGCCUGUUGCGAUCGAUGGCCGGCGCCACCUGGCUCGGCGGCCUCACCAACUCGGCGGCACAAACGGCGCUCCUGGCCGCCCGGCCACUGUGCGCACCCCGCCAGCUUGACCACUUCAUCUGCGAGGUGCCCGCGCUGCUCAAACUGGCCUGCGGAGUUGGCGGGAACAGCAUCGAGCGCCAGAUGUUCGCUGCCCGGGUAGUCAUCCUGCUGGUGCCAUCCGCCGUCAUCCUAGCCUCGUAUGGCGCGGUGGCGCGCGCUGUCUGGGGCAUGCGGUCCAGCGGAGGCCGGAGGAAAGCUCUGGGUACUUGUGGGUCCCACCUGACGGCCGUUUGCCUGUUCUACGACGGCUCCAUCAUCUACACCUACCUGCAACCCGCGCACAGUUACAACCACGGUCUGGGCAAGUUUGUCUCGCUCUUCUACACCGUGGUCACACCGGCCCUAAACCCGCUCAUCUACACCCUGAGGAAUAAAGAGGUGAAGGGGACGGCUAGGAGGCUCCUGGGGAACGUGGGGCGAGGGCAAGCCAGACAGUGAAUCGGGGGUGGGGGAAAGGUGACAGUGUCAGCCCAGGGCCCAAGGAUGGAAAUGCCCAUGGGAGAGUCAGUCCGUUUAGCCUUCAGGCUGUUCAUUUCUGGGUGAGAAUUUGCAACAUUUGUCCUCAGCGAGUCCAAGGUUAAUGCGGGAGAUCUCUUCCUCCCUUCAGAAAUGUUUAGGUUUGUGACACGAAGUGCUAUGUCCUCUCUACAUAUACAUUUAAAACCAAACCCAUUGCCAUAGAGUGGAUUCUGACUCACGGUGACCCCAGGUAUUACAGAGCAGAACUGCUCCAUAGGAUUUUCUUGGCUGUAAUCUUUAAGGAAGCAGAUGGCCUACUUUUUCUUCCAUGGAGCUGCUGAGUGGGUUUGAACCACCAGCCUUUAGGUUAGCAGCUGACCCUGCUUGCACCACCCAGGGUAUAUGAACAUAAAGGUUUAGGGAGGAGGGAUAUGGC